AUGCGUGUUGUAGGUACCCUCGCUGGAGCCAAGAAAAAGAAAAAAGAAAGACAGGACCCCGCUGGUGCAACAGGACUUGUUGAAGAUGUAGAUGACAAGGAGCAACUGCCAGAGAAAGGGCAUGAGCGUGGGGAUGAGCGUGAUGGGGAGCGUGAGGGCAGGCGUGAGGGAGGGCUUGAGGGCAGGCGUGAAGGCAGGCGUGAGGGCAGGCAGGAGGGAGAGCGUGAGGCUGAGCGUGUGGGAGAGCGUGAGGGAGAGCGUGAGGGAGAGCGAGAGGGAGAGCGUGAGGGAGAGCGAGAGGGACAGCGUGAGGGAGAGCGUGAUGUGAAGCGUGUGGGGGAGCGUGGGGUGAAGCGUGAGGGAGAGCGUGAUAUGAAGCAUGAUGCGUCUUCUCCCUCUACUCCAGCAGGUGUUCGUGCGGCCGAUGCACACAAUGUUCGAGGGCAUUCGGAGGGUGGGAGGGAGAGCCGUGGCGCGGAGCUAGAAGAUCAGAGGGGGGUGUCAGGGAGGGUGAAGGCACGGUCCAGAAAGGCUGGAAAGAAGGCCGUUGCUGAGGUCGAAUCUUCUGAUGGAGAAGAUAGUUCUGAGGAGGAAUCAGGGAGCUCAUCCGGGAGUGAGGAGAAGUAUGAUGAGGAAGAGGACGAGAGUGAUGACGUUGAAUCUGGGUCCGGGAGUGAUGACGACGGUAGGAGAGGGGGGAGGGCACGAGGUGCGCGCAGCCACCGCUUUAGCGGAAAGCGUGGUCAUGCAACCGGUGGUAAGGCUGGUAGUGGACGUAAACGGCAGAGACGUAGAGAGUGUGCUCAAGGAAAGCUAGCAGAUACUGAGGGGUACACCCGGCGGCGUCGUAAGGAGCGUCCUGUUGUGAGACAGGAUCUUGGCUUCUACAAUGAGAUGAGGACCAUGGUGGACUCGGAUGAUGCUGGUCCGUCGAAUCGUCGGGAGAACGUUCGGAUGAAACGGGCAGCAACCAACGAUCCGUAUGCUGCCCUUGCUUCCACCUCAGGAUUGGGAAAGAGAGCAUCUAGAUUUCAAGAUCGGAGUGUGCGUGACAACGCUGGCCAGCAGCAUGACAGCACGCACAAUCCAUUCGGUGGUAGUGACGAUCCGGCCUGUGGUGGGGGGCUGGGGGGGAAUGAUGGUGAGGCGGGUGGUGUUGGAGAUUGGUACAAUGAUGAAAGGAAAGUUGGACGCUCUGACCCAGCAACUCCUCCCCCGUUUGCAUCGGCAAGAGGCAAUUCCCCGCUCGACGCUGGCGGAGUGCCCAUCAUUCCCUCAUGCAGCACCCCUAAUGAUUCCAUGCAGCAACUCUUCCAGGCUUUGCAGGAAGCAAAUCGGCAGAUUGCAGAGCUUAAGGCCGGUCGGGGACCUUCGGUGGACCGUGGGGGAAACGGGACGCAAGUCCCGCCGCUUACCUCGAUCUCCAGUGAACAAACUGAGCCGCCCGAAAUGCCGGGCGCUGUGGCGGAGAGUGAUGUUCAAGGCACUCCCAUCAACAGGAGGCAUGGGAUGCCAAACGCGACCAACCUGAAGCUCUACAUGGAAGAUGCUCGGACGCGCAUGUGUAUGGAAGCUGAGGACCAUCUUAUCACGUUCUACCCAAGCUUUGAGAAGCGGAUUCUUGUUUUGCACGAAGUCAUUUCCAAGCACUAUGUGGUUCAAUUGAUAUUGCUGAAAGAGGCCAUGGCGGAUAAAACACGGAGGGAUGCAUUCAAGCGCAUGUAUACGCAGUGGAAGAAUGAACGUGGGUUCUACAUCAAACGGACCGUGCUCGAGGGGUUGGGAGUUCCCAUGAGUGGCUUGCGGGCAGCGGAAAUCCACGUCGACACCGAUCUCAAGGAGGAACUAUGGGGGGAGUAUGGCCCGAGUGCGGACGCCCAACUGAGCACAUGGGGAAAUGCUGAGGUUACUGAUCUCCCGUUCGGCAACGAGAUCUUCUUCAACGCAGCAAUGGACGCCUUCGGUGAAUUUGCCGUGGGAAACGACAUAUGCUUGAAGGCGUAUCAUAUUGCCUGGAUUAUCUUGGUGGUGCUUCUUGAGACCUUGGUAUCCACCUGCCCAGGGGAGAUUGACUACGGCUUGUCGAAGGUCAAGAAGUCGACGAUGAACCUCACAAACUCCCACCGAAAGAACACGCGGUGGGUGGCAAGCAUCCGCAGGGCGGUGAAGCGGGCGGUGAUGGAUCAUUUCAGCCAGGUUAACCCUAUCUACGACCCACGGAUGAAGGGGUUUAAGUGGGGGGAUUUCGGCUUGUUCGUCCAUGAGUCGGGGUUCGACCAGUAUAGGCCAAGACCGCAGCCCCGCUAUCCGACAAGGAGGGUGGCGGCAGGGCACGUCUAG